GCUUGUUGUUUUGGAACUCUUCAUUUCGUGUUUUGUGCUUUGGGAAGAAAAGAAGAAAAAAACCCAUCUCUUCAAUUCUCUCUCACGUUCCCUUUAAUUUAACCAUUGCAGCAGUCGCCAACUAUAAGUAGAUACAGAUAUCGAACCAGACAUCCUCUCGAUCUCCGUGUGUCAUCAAAGUGUUUUGAGUUCUAGUAAUAUAUGGAGCUUUGUAAUACAGUUAUUAUGGUCACUGUUACAUGGGCUUGUUUCUUCUUAUCAAUCCUCAUUCCAUCUGCUGCUUCUGCUUGCCAUCAAAGUGGUGAUGUGGUUUCGCCAUUGUUGUUGCCAAGGAAGCUCAGAGUAGUAGAGGAAGUUGCAGCAGCUGUAACUAUUCAAGUUCAUCGAAACGACAUUGUAGGCCAUCAUCAGGUUUCAACUCCUGAUCCUAAUGAGCCAAAAAAAGACCAUGCAUCGUCGUCGAUAUCAGGAAAACUAUACAACGAGAAGAAAGGAAAGGAGGAAUCAAGAACAGAGGACCAAGGGUUUUUCACCAUGGAUUAUUCCCACGUCAAAAAAAGACGUCCAAUCCAUAACAAAUCCUUCCCGACUGGGCCUUAGAAAUUAAUUAUAUUAUUAUUUAAAUCCUGAAAUUAAUUAUUGAAUUUUGUAUGCUCUGUUACACACUAAAUUAAGACAGCCGAACUCAGUUAGAAGUUAGCUAGCUAGGAUAAGCUCAGGUUUUGCCUCUGAUACUGUAACAGUGGAGUUGCUGAUGAUGUUUUAAUUACUGUAAUUAUUAUUAAAUCAAGGAAAUGGGGACAU